CAAAGAAAAUGUUUUUGACAAUUUGCCAUUAAAAGAUGAAAAAGAUCUACAAAUAAUGGAAACAAAAUUAAAAGAUGAUGCAGUGUUUCGAAGCCAAAUGUUUAAGCAAUUGGGACGGCUAAUGUCCGAAGAUUUGAGAACAUCUUGCGUACGACUGAUGAGAGCCAUACUAUCAAAUGAACUGGCAGUAAAAUACAGUUGGUAUGGAACGAGAAAGAAACAAAUUUUCUCACAACUCGAGAUAUGCAAAGUAAUUAUGCAUGUGGUCCGAAAGUCACAUAUGGAUGUAACAGACGAGAAAAUCGCAUCCCCUAUUAAAAAAUGGCUAGUCAAUGCGACAGGACGUAUAAUGAACGGAAACCAAAAAGAAAUGAACAAACCUUAAUGAAAAGACCCUCAUUAAUAUAUCACACUCA